GUUAGGAACGCCUGGAAUAUUUUGCAAAUGGUGGUGCAGAGUUCUUGAAUGGGUUUGUCUUUUGGUUCUUGUAAAGAACUAUGGUGGAUAAGCCGAAAAUAAUCGAACACGUUGUAAAAUCCUUAGAUUACACGCUGUUCGAUGCAAGAUGGAUUCCUUGUAGUGCAAGAUUUGUGGUACUCGGAAACUAUGCGCGUGGAACAGGCGCGUUUCAAAUCUACGAAGUUUCAAAAGGGGACGUCAAACUGCUAAAGAGUGAUGAGAAAAGGACAGCAUUGAAAUGUGGUACUUUUGGAGCUUCAAGUUUACAACAGAGAUAUCUAGCAACUGGGGACUUUGAGGGAAAAAUGAUGAUUUGGAACCUUGAAAACACAGAGAGGCCAGUUUAUUCUGUAAAAGCUCAUUCACAAAUAGUGAAUGCAAUAGAUGGUGUCGGGGGCCUGGGUAUUGGUGAGGGAGCACCGGAGAUAGUCACUGGAAGUAGAGAUGGGUCUGUGAAAGUUUGGGAUCCUCGUCAGAAGGACAAACCUGUGGCUAGCAUGACACCAGCUGAAGGAGAAGAGGGACGUGACUGCUGGUGUGUGGCAUUUGGUGAUGCAUAUAAUACUGAGGAACGUGCUGUUGUAGCAGGCUAUGAUAAUGGAGAUAUAAAGAUGUUUGACCUUAAAAAGAUGGCAGUCAGAUGGGAAACAAAUAUUAAGAAUGGGGUCUGUGGUGUUGAAUUUGACAGAAAAGAUAUUGUGAUGAACAAACUUGUGGCUACUACAUUAGAAUCAAAAUUUCAUGUAUACGAUCUUAGAACACAGCACCCAGAGAAAGGAUUUGCAUCCCUUUCUGAAAAGGCUCACAAGUCAACUAUUUGGUGUGCACGACAUCUUCCUCAAAACCGUGAAAUUUUCAUGACUUGUGGUGGCUCAGGGUCUCUAAACCUCUGGAAGUACUCAUAUCCUGACCAGCGAGUGAAAAAAGAUGCUAAUGAUUUGGAUAUGGGUGUGAUUGGUUCUGUCUCAAUGUUACAAAAUGCUAGUCUGUCAACUCAGCCAAUCACAUCCUUUGACUGGAGUCCAGAUAAGGAAGGACUUUGUGUAUGCACCUCACUCGACCAGACUUUGAGAGUAAUCAUUGUCACUAAACUCAAGAAUGCGUGACAUCAUCACUGGCUGCUGCAUACUUAAACAAGAAGAUUUUAUUUGAAGUACCUACUGUUUAAGUUAUUAUGUACAUAGAUUUUAUAGCAGUGAACUUGUAAUAAAAUUGUUUGCAGUCUUUCAGUGUCUUGUCAUUUUGUUGGGGAGGUACGUUGCUUGCAAAAUAUUUCGGACGUCUAAUUUUCCGAGACUUUUUAUCCCACUUCGGACAAAUUUAGGACACGUGCUGAAACAUAACUAACGUAAAUUUACGCCUGCAGAACAGAACAUGUUCUAGACUGAAUGAAUGAUAGAAUGAUAGAAUGAUAGUUUUCCUGCACCCUCGAGAUUUUACAGAGACGCCGACGGGAAAAUAAGAAAAAGUAUAUCAAGCCGUUACGUAUUUCAAGCAGUAGGGAGUUUACGAAACCACGACGGCAACGUCAACCGUAACGUCACUGCACAAAAGAAUUAACGAGUAGUACAAUGGCUGUGCACGUGCGUUCUAAUUCUUGGUACAUUUCUUUGCCGUCCUCCGCAAGACAGCGUGAAAUGACCAAAUUUUGCGUUGUCUUGAGAUCAUGAACCGCGACGGCUAAGUUUUUAAAUUUAUCGCUGAGUUCCGGAUUUAGUUU